AUGAAAAUUAAGUUUUAAUACUCUAAAAUUAUUGAAGCAAUAAAUAGAAACCUUAUUAAACCUAAACAAAAAAUAGAAAUCAGACUUGAUAGAUUGUCAAUGGAUCCUCAUCGUUAUUGGAUAUCUGUAGCAAAAGGAAUGGAAAGACCUUUUACAGGAGAAUUUUGGAAUGUAAAUUUUCAUCUUUUAUGCAAGCAUGAUCAAUAAGGUGUUUAUUAAUGUUUUCAUUGCUAAAAUACAUUAUUUUAAAGUGAUUACAAAUAUUAAUCAUAAACAGGUUAUGCAUCAUUUUUCAAGCAUCACAAAAAUAGUGUAAAAACUAUUGAAACAAAAGAAAAAUAUGUAAUAUUUUAAUAAUAAAGAGGUACUCAGCUCUCUAAUGUAUGAAUUGUUAAUCUUAUAUUGGAUAAAUUUCAAAGGACGGACCACCUCCAACAUUUUUAAGAUAUUCAAUUAAUUCAAGUGCUUUGAGAUUUUAUCAACCAAAAAAAAAUUAAACAAAUCUAAAUUAAUCAUAAAAAUGA